UCUGAAAAAUUCGUCUUUGCUGAAAAUAACAAAAUCUACCAGAUAUUUUUUUGGGGGGAUCAAAUAUGUGGGAUCAAAAACCUUGUUUCACGCUUGAGAUAGGUAACUUCUCGAACAAGGAAACUGUCAUAGCCUCGAAUGUAUUCGAGGCUGACGGAUGCGAAUGGUAUCUUUCAGUUCAUCCAAAGGGAGUUUCUGGUCGUUUUAAUGGUCACUUGUGUUUGUUACUCAACGUUGCAAAUCGCAAAUCCUUGCGAACUGGAUGGCGAAGAAGUGCUAAAUUUUAUUUCCGUGUGCUGAGUGAGUCCAACAAAGAGCUCUAUAGAUCACCAACUGAAAAGUCAAAGAGAUUGUUUUGCGCUUGGAAUCCAACAUGGGGUUUCCGAAAGAUCUUGCCUCUAAGCAAGUUUCAAGAAGAAGGGUUUUUGGAGAAGGACCAACUCAUCAUUGAAGUCUACAUCAAAGUUGUUGAAGCUUUUGAUGGAGAGGGUGGAGAUGUGCCCGAGAACAAGAAGCAGGAGACUGUGGAUAUCAACGGUUUUCAAGUUUUUGCUGCCUAUGUUGCUUCAGUGAAAAAGAUAUUCGCAGAGCACGUGGUGAAGACAGAAUACAAGAAUACUCUAAGCAAAGCUUGCAGAAAGUUGAGUGAGCUGGUGGAAGUAGGAUUCAAGCUAGACUGGUUGAGGUCAAAGUUUGAUGAACUUUCCUUGAAGAAGAAGGCAGACGGUGUUGAUGAGUCUUUGGUUCAACAACAAGAGGAACGCAUCAAGAAUCUUGAACUGAUGGUAUCAGGCUUCAACAAAGACUGUUUGAACUCAAAGCUUAAGGAUUCAACGCUUGAUGCUGAUGAGUCUCGUGUCCAAAAACUUGAAGAAAGCGUCAAGAAUCUUGAGUUGAUGGAAUUAGGGUUUAAACUGGACCGUUUCAAGUCCAAGCUUGAGGAGAUUUCCUUGGAGAAGAAGAAAGCCUAUGAUGCUUCUGAGUCUCGAACCCAACUACUCGAGGGACGCGUCAAGAACAUUGAGCUAAUGGAAACAGGCUAUAAACUGGACAGUUUGAAGUUGAAGCUUGAGGAAAUUUCCUUGGGGAGGAAGAAAUCAUGUGAUGCUAGUGAGUCUCGGGCCCAACAACUCGAGGAACGCAUCAAGAAUGUUGAGCUACUGGAUCUAGGACUCUUGAUCGACUGUUUGAAUUCAACGCUUGAUGAUGACGAGUCUCGGGUCCAACAACUGGAGGAACGCCUCAAGGAUCUUGAGGGGAUGAAAGUAGGAUCAAAGCUGGAUUGUUUGAACACAAAGAUUGAGGAAAACGUCAAGAAUACUGAGCUGGUUGUGUCUAGUAUCAAAGUUGAACUAGACAAGAAGAAGGACAAAUCUACUGCUGACGGAUUUUUGUUGGUCAACUAGGCUUAUUGUUAUAUAUAAUUAAAAAUAAACAAAACGUAUUUACUAUUGCUGAGACAAAUUAUAUAAUAUUCUUAG